AUGGUUGGCCAAACUACUCGCUGUGACUUCGAAUGGCCGUACACAGCUGAACCACAUGCUACGAGAAGAAAAGAAAUUCUUGGUAGGCUGACAUUUUACUGUUUUAGCCCACCUUGACCCAAUGACUUUACUCAUAACGAUUACAUAACGAACAUGGCCCUGCGAGAGAAUGGCAUGACUACUUGACUUUUACAAAAGAAGCUAAAUAUUUUUGUAGAGACUCUUUUUGUAGUUCAUUUGGGUUAUUCAGAGCCCUUUAGAAAAUGUGAAUUGUUUUUUUUUUCUAUUGAGUUUACUAUAAACAAACAUGGAUUCAAAUUAUAAAUAUGUGGGGCUUAAUUAGUCAGACUUUAUUGCUAACAAAAGCAAAAUCUGUUUCACAUUCUCUCCAAGCGGUUUAAAAACAUACAGCUGAUAUAAAACAAGAAUGGUACAAACUGGUGAAUUUUCACAAGGUGAUUCUAGGGGAAAAUUCGCUAACUAGCCCAUUAAUUUUUGAAAAGAUGUCUCUGACCUAAGUAUUCCUCAUUUUGUCGCAUGCAAGGUUGUCGUAUGCUAGCUAAUACAACAGAUGUGGUGAAUUGUUAUUUAUUUCUCCGAUAAUAAUAAUAAAAAUAAUAAUAAUAAUAAUAAUAAUAACAAAUAAUAAAUAAAUAAAUAAAAAUAAAAAUAUACACUUAGAUGUGUGUGAAUUAAAACAAAUAAACUAAUAUAUACAUGCUAUAAUUAAUAAAAAUAUAGACAUGUUUGUGUACAAUGUUAGAAAUUGUAGGAUUGUAGUUCAAGAAUGACGUAGAAAACAGCGAGUUGGACAUUUCUCGAGCAAAAAACUUUCCAGGUCCAAUUUCUUAAUUUGUCUUUUAAAACUGUUCAAGUCACAUUGUGUCCGUACAUUUCCCGGUAAUUUGCGCCAUAAAUAAGGCCCCAGAUAUCUGAUAGAAUGUUUCCCAUUAUUUACUGUAUUAUUUGUCGGGGGAGUCAUUUGGAGCCAUCGCGUUAUAUCUGCUAGUCUAAGAAAAAAAAAACAUGCAAUUUUGCAUGAGUGCGCUAUAUAUCGACUAUAUUGUUUUCCUUUAGUAACAAACAUCAUUUAUCAUCCCCGCCCUAAUUAAUGCAUACAUCAACAUACACCUGGCAUUACACAAAUGACAACUUAUUAGGUUUAAGCUUUUGUUACUUGCAUACCCUAAAUGGCAUAUUUUCCAAUGCUCCGUGGAUCAGUAGGAAAGGAAGAAACUUUUAGUCAAAACUUUGCCAGUAUUGGCUUUUAUUUGCAGGGCCGAGAUCGCAGUCAGUAUAAAACUGUCGGGUGCAAAUCGAGGAAAACGUGAUCGAUUUUGCGGGAAGUUUUGCAGCACGAAUAGAACACAGAUGUAUUUAGUUCCAUCACGAAAUAAUUAUUGAAGCCUCAGGUUUUUGUGAAUAAGAAUAGCUCGUUGUAAACAGUGCGCAGUUGACCAAUAUCCUGUAAACUUAGCCUGCGUAGCACGGCGGUCUCGGUUGGGCGGGCAAAGUAAUAAAGGCUGGCUAGGGCAGAGAAACCACGAGGAGAUUGGGGCGGGAGCAACUGUUAUUAUUUUUCUCGCGGCUUCGCCGCUCAUUCGAGCGCGCUUUGCGCACGUUUUUGUAGUUUCAGUACUACUGUAAUUUGGGUAAUUCGAACUUGUCUAGCGGGGUGACAUAACGGCCUUGUCUGCAAAUUAGGCCCUGUCCACACGUAUCCAUGAUGGUUUGAAUAUGGAUAUUUUUUUUCCGGGUGGUUUGGCCUACCUUCUACACGUAUCAGGUGAAAGUGGUCACCGAAAACGUACUUUUUCAAAAAAAGGCUCUGUUCAGUGAAGAAUUUUGAAAACACCAACUUCUCGUUUACGUGUGCUUCGAGCAUGAAGCAUAUUCCGUAAGGGAUUCUAUCGUAUUUCCUUCGUCUUAGCGUUUUCGUGUGGACCGGCAAAAACGAUUCGCAUACGCCAGGAGCCGCUACGUGUGGAUGCACAUAUUUUUUUUUGGAAAACGGAGAAAAAAUCUCCGUUUCCAAAAAUAUCCGGAUACGUGCAGAAGGGGCCUAAGUGAGUGAGAAUUUUUUUUAAAAAGUCAAUUAAUUGUCCAGAGCUGUUUUAAUUUUUUCACUGCCCCAUCCCCCCCACUCUCCACCAAAAAACUGACUUUUUACUAAUGCUAAGGAAGUCACGAAGUGAAAUUUCGCUUCCGAUAAAUGGUGCGAGCACUUUCGAGGUAUGGUAGUUUAUCGGAACGGAAUAUUCAUGGACCAAAUCCCCACAGACAAAGUUAACGAAAACAACGGCAGUAACAUCUCUAGAGGCAAAAUCCUCUCUGUCCCGAAAUAGGAGGGUCGAAGACAACCGUAACGUGCUGGUAAGCUCUCCAUUUAUGAGCGAAGCGAGCCGCGAGAGAACGUGCGAGCGAGCGGCAAAGUCGCACUCGCGUGUCCUUUCGCGUACUACUCUCGCGUGAAUUCUCGGGACCCCCGCAAAUGCAGAGCUUGCUCGCAGGUUAAGACAACCUCGUCUCUUCCAUGAACCUUGUUCGCAGGGCUAUUCCCUUAGAAAAUGGGAGGGGCGGGAACAAGGUUGCCUUGCGCCAUGAUCAUUCCCUAGAAGAUGGUAAGGGCGCUCUCCAAUGUUCUCUAGGGAAACGCCAUAAGGAGGCAAUCUUGAAUUACUAAGACUUAUUCUAUUCUUUUUCUAAGCCAAGUAUCCUGAGAUCAAGAAACUGAUGGGCAGUGAUCCUAUCUUCAAGUACCAAAUCUUGUUGUUGAUGUCGCUUCAACUCUCACUGGCCUACAUAAUGCGUGACCUGUCUUGGACCAACCUCUUCAUAGCAUCCUACUGCCUGGGUGCCGUGGCAACCAGUGGUCUCAUGGCGGGAGUUCACGACAUUUCUCACAACAUCGCAUUCGGAAAUGGCCGUCCCUUACUUAACAGGCUGUUUGGUAUCCUAGCUAAUCUACCGACCGCGUUUCCAUCUUCCAUUGCCUUCAAGAAAUAUCACAUCUUGCACCAUCGUUAUAUGGGAGUUGAAGAAAUUGAUCCGGGCCUGCCGACAAAAUUUGAGGCUUGGAUUUUCUGUAAUUCCAUGGCUAAGGUUGUGUGGGUGAUUCUACAACCGUUCUUUCAUGCCAUCAGGCCGAUGGUUGUUAACCCGUUGACACCAAGCCCCUUAGAAAUUCUUAACAUCGUCGUUCAGCUCGCCUUCGACUACUUGGUCGUACAGUUCUGGGGUUUAAAAUCACUCGUGUUCAUGGCCGCUAGUACAAUUCUCGGCACGGGUCUUCACCCUUUGGCUGGCCACCUUAUCGCUGACCAUUAUAUGUUCGACGUAGGCUGCGAAACGUAUUCUUACUACGGUCCAGGAAAUUGGCUGACUUUCAACGUUGGGUAUCACAACGAGCAUCACGAUUUUCCCAGCAUUCCAGGUUCCAAGCUUCCGCUGGUCAAGAAGAUUGCAGGAGAGUAUUACGACAACUUGCCGUAUCAUACCUCCUGGACAAAGGUGAUCUGGGAUUUCAUUACUGAUCCAAGAAUUGGUCCAUAUGCUCGGGUUAAGAGAGCGCAGACUAAAAACAUCAAAUGA